AUGAUUGAUAAGUACGGUCGUCUCAAAAUUAGUGAUUUUGGUCUUUCAUCAAUCUAUAAAGAUCAUCCUACAAGCAAUCUUUUCAAAGGGACAAGGCUUUUUAUGGCACCUGAAAUUUUCUUCUUCAAAGAAUAUGAUCCAAUGGCAGCAGAUGUCUGGGCUAUUUGUGUUACACUAUUCUAUAUUGCAACUCGUACUUAUCCAUUUUAUUCAAAUGAUCCAAGAGUAUUAUUCCAGAAAAUCGAAAAAGGCGUGUACAAUGAUAAGCUUAUAGAUGAUCCAUUGCUCAAGCUUGUUAUUUCUCGUUGCAUCGAAACAGAUCCGAAAUACAGAGCGAAAGUUGGUGAACUCCUUGAAAUGCCAUACUUUGCUCCUUAUAACCAACCUCAACCAGAGAGGUUGCCACUCUUUAUCAGAGAUCCAAAUAUGAAGAGUCAGCAAUUAAUUGUCAAACCAAAUCUUACAGGAAGACGCGCUUCAAUUGGUGCAAUAUCCCUCUUGAAGAUGAAGGGCCUGAUGGGAUCUAGAUUGCAACUUACAACUAUUCCAAAUAAGUCUCUUGAAACUUUUAACGUUUAA